AUGAAGUAUCACUUGUUCAUCAUCACCAUUUUGGCUGCAUUUUUAGCACCUGCUUUUGCGGAUGUGGAGAUCACAUCACCAGAAGAAGGAGACAAGUUCUCUGGUUCCUCUGGAACGGCCAGUAUCAAAGUGAGUUGGAAAGAUAACUCAGAUUCAGACUCGGAUACAUCAUUGGACAAUGUCAAAUCAUACACACUUUCAUUAUGUACCAAUGGAUCACCUAUUCAGUGCCAAGACCCAGCAAUCACGCAAGAGAAGCUUACAUCUAAAUCGGCUAAUGUCACUGUUGACCAAGGUGAUGUGCCAAGUGGUUACUACUUUAUACAAGUUUACACAAUAUUCACCAGCGGUGGCACAACAAUCAACUACACCCCUAGAUUCCAGUUAACCAACAUGGAGGGAUCAACUGGGACUCUUGUUGUUACAGUGACUGGAGAUCAACCUGAUGGCCAGACGUCAGGAUUUGACGAAACAACUGCUAGUGAUAUAUCACAAAGUUUCACAGUACCAUAUACAUUGCAAACAGGAAAAACAAGAUACGCUCCCAUGCAACUGCAACCUGGUUCAACGGUUACUGCCACCACUUGGACACCAAAGUACCCCACUAGUGCAGUUACCUAUUACUCAACCAAACACACCAAACCUGUGGUGUACUCGACAAUAACCCCAGGAUGGAGUUACACAGCUAGUUCUGAAGUCAACUGGGCUACAGUUGCUCCGUACCCAACGAAUUGGUAUGCUGCCAGUGAGAGAAAACUUAGUAAAGCCUCGAUGACAGCUACUCAGAAAAAGAGAAGAUGGUUAGAGUAA